UCGUUGUCCUCGUUGCGUAUACACUCACGUAAGGAGAAGAAAAGCCUGCAGGAAGGGAAUAUAUAUAUAUAUAGUGAACUCUCGGCCCGAACAAUACUAUAGUGCUCUGAAUAAUAAUAAUAAUAAUAAAAUAUAAGACAAUCGACGUAUCAACGACCAAUCGACAGGAUGAGGACCUUUUUGGCUGUGGCAGCGAUUCUCGUCGCUGGGGCGAGCGGACAGGAGUCGUUCAAGUGUCCGGACGAUUACGGGUUCUACCCGCAUCACUUGUCGUGCGACAAGUACUGGAAGUGCGACAACAACGUGGCAGAGCUGAAGACGUGCGGCAACGGUUUGGCCUUCGAGGCGACGGACAGUAAAUUCCUCACGGAGAACUGCGAUUACCUGCACAACGUCGAUUGCGGCGAGCGCAGCCAACUCGAGCCACCGGUCAGCACGACCCAUUGUCCCCGAUUGUACGGCAUAUUCCCCGACGAGAGCAAGUGCGACGUGUUCUGGAACUGCUGGAACGGCGAGGCGUCCAAGUACCAGUGCAGCCCCGGACUGGCCUACGACCGCGAGGCCCGCGUCUGCAUGUGGGCCGACCAAGUGCCCGAGUGCAAGGUCGAAGAGGUGGCCAAUGGCUUCGUUUGCCCGGCCGCGGGCGAGGUGAGCGGCUCCCAGGGUAGCUUCUCCCGACACGCCCACCCGGACGACUGCAGAAAGUACUACAUCUGCCUCGAGGGCACCGCCCGGGAGUACGGCUGCCCGAUCGGCACCGUCUUCAAGAUCGGCGACUCGGACGGCUUCGGCAUCUGCGGCGACCCCACGGAAGUUCCCGGAUGCGAGGAUUACUACGGCAUGCUGGAUCUGAUGACCAUAACUAAGAGCGAGCUGCUGAGCGGGCUGCAGAGCACCGGGGAAUCGAGGAACGUCCAGCCGGGCAAACCCGGCAAGCCGAGGCCCGGUGUCGCGGCCCAGACGGCGAGACCUUCCCAGCAGGUCCAGGAGCAAUAAACCCACCCACUUUUCUUUCCUUC